GUAAUCACUAAGCGACCCGUAGGACCCAUGCUUUGGAUGAGUUCAUGUAAAAAAAACAAAAAACAAAACAACAAAGAAACAAAAAACUUGCCCGUUAAGAUAAUUAUUUAGGUGAAGCUGUAACUGGAGUGUGUAUCUCAGUUCCGGACUACAAAUAGCCUCUAGCUACUGUCGUACUUGUAGUCUCUGCAGCUGUAUAACCAUAGAGGUCAGAGAAAGUCUACGUUUACUUACUUGCCUAAAUAGCUCCAUUGUGUUAUGUCAAACCUACACUCGUGAAAUGAUUUUUAUUGUAUCGUCUCACUCUUAAUGAUACGAGUCAUGUGAUGAUAAUAUUUGUUAACACCAUGCACAACUUGGCACGGUACCUAAUUUUCUUUCAGUACAUUGGAACAAAAUACAGUGGUGCAGUGAAAGUUCCUCCACAUUCGCCUAAAAAGGGAAUUCAGGACCACUUAGAGGAAGCAAUUCAGAGGCUGAGGCCACUCAAUUCAGUAUCCCUGUCUGUGUCCAGCAGGACAGACAAGGGUGUCCACGCCCUCAGUAACUCUGCUCACUUUGACCUUCAGCGCAGGAACGAUAAACCUCCAUUUUCUGAAUAUAAUAUUGUACAAGCUCUAAAUUUUCACCUCACUACGGAGCAAAUUAGGAUCACGCAUGCUUAUCUUGUUCCAAAUGACUUCCAUGCCCGUUUUCAUGCCCAAUCUCGGACCUACAUCUACCGAAUAGCUCUGGGUACCACUCGCCAUGAUCUCCCCCUCGUAGACUGCAAUUUGUGCUGGAACAUCUGCAACACAGAGCUGGAUGUGGAAGCCAUGCGUGAGGCUGCUACUCUGCUGUCUGGGACUCAUGACUUUAGCAGCUUCCAGGCAGUAAACUCAGACAUGGCUUUUAGGAACCCUGUGAAGACGAUGGAUGUGGUCAACAUACAGCCAGGAAGCUCUUUUGCACGUGCAUACUUUCACAGAGAGAUACCAUUCUGGGAGCUGACUUUUACAAGUCGAUCUUUUCUCUAUAAGCAGGUGAGGAGGAUGACUGGAGCCCUGGUGGGUGUAGGUCAAGGGAAGCUGUCAGUGUCCCAGUUAAAUGAGAUUCUGGAGGCUCGGGACACUUACGCCUACCCUCAGGCUCUGGUUGCUCCAGCUUGCGGCCUCUUCCUUACUAAGGUGGAUUAUAAAGAAUCAGACCUACAACUUUCACAACAGCCAUCCUCCACUGAGAACUGAUAAAUUCAAAUUAAUUUGUUUGAUAUUUCUACACUUCUGCAGAAAAUGUGUAUAAUAAAGUCUUUGUGUAAAUUA